AUGAAGGUCGACUUGCAUAUACCUCAGCCCUGGACUUUUGAACCUGGCCAGCACAUAUUCUUGUGCAUCCCGGCCGUCGGGUGGUGGACUUUUCACCCAUUUUCGGUCUGCUGGGGUGAUGUGCAGCAGGAGGGAGAGAACCUCCGGAGAGUAACUUUCUCGCUCUUGGUUCGUCGCCGAACAGGCUUCACUGACACCCUUUUCCAACGUACGUUGAAGGCUACGGACUGUCGGAUCACUAUACCGGCAAUUGUGGAAGGGCCGUACGGUGGUGGGAUUGCCACUAAUACCAUGGAAUCAUACGGUACAGUCCUUCUCUUCUCUGCAGGGGUUGGGAUCAGUCACCAAUUACCAUUCAUUCAACGUCUCGUUCAGGGUCAUGUGAAGGGCAAUGUCGCGGUGCGUCGGCUUAUUUUAGUCUGGAUCGUUCGUAAGCCUGAACACCUGGACUGGGUACGGCUUUGGAUGGCCCAGAUACUUGGCAUAGAAAAAUGUCGGGAGGUGUUGGUAAUCAGAAUUUUCAUCACCAUUCCGUGCGAUAUUAAGGAGAUUCGAUGGCUGGAUGGUCCUUCCGCUGCUGUGGUCGAGAUUCUUGCGGGUCGUCCCGAUGUUGCUUUGGUGGUUAGGAAAGAAGCCAGCAGACAGAUUGGAGCGAUGGGAGUGCUUGUCUGCGGAACAGGAAGUUUGAGUGACGAUGUUCGAUCCGCAUGUCGGAAGGUACAGAGUACGUCGCAGGUCGAUUAUAUCGAAGAGAGCUUUACUUGGUAG